UGGGUAGCUCACAAAAAAUAAAGCGGGAAAAAAAGAGAAAGAACUGAAGCGCUAUAAAGCGCGCAGAAGACAAGUCAAGAACAUAAAAUAGAGAUCAAAUUACAGAGAAGAAAGAAAGAAGAAGAUGGCUACAGAGUUGCAAAGUUUUCAGCCAUGGGUGGAGAAAUAUCGACCUAAGCAAGUAAAAGAUGUGGCUCACCAGGAUGAGGUGGUCCGGGUCCUCACCAACACCCUCGAAACCACUAAUUGUCCCCACAUGCUCUUCUAUGGUCCACCCGGCACCGGAAAAACCACCACCGCUCUCGCCAUUGCUCACCAGCUUUUUGGACCUGAACUAUACAAGUCUAGAGUGCUGGAGCUUAAUGCAAGUGAUGACCGUGGUAUCAAUGUUGUUCGGACAAAAAUAAAAGAUUUUGCCGCUGUUGCUGUGGGUUCUGGCCAACGUCAAGGGGGCUACCCUUGUCCACCUUAUAAGAUCAUUAUUCUUGAUGAGGCCGAUUCCAUGACUGAAGAUGCUCAGAAUGCCCUUAGACGUACGAUGGAAACUUAUUCCAGAGUCACAAGGUUUUUUUUCAUAUGUAAUUACAUCAGCAGGAUCAUAGAGCCUCUUGCGUCUAGGUGUGCAAAGUUCAGGUUCAAGCCACUUUCAGAAGAAGUCAUGACGAGCCGGGUAUUGUACAUUUGCAACAAAGAAGGUCUGAAUUUGGAUGCAGAGGCUCUUUCAACUCUAAGUUCUAUUUCACAAGGUGAUCUUCGCCGGGCUAUUACAUACUUGCAGUCAGCAGCGCGCUUGUUUGGAUCGUCAAUUUCUUCUAGGGACCUGAUUGGUGUUUCUGGGGUCAUCCCACUUGAGGUUGUUGAGGCUCUUUUUACAGCUUGUAAAAGUGGUAACUUUGAUUUGGCAAAUAAGGAAGUCAAUAACAUUAUUGCAGAGGGAUAUCCUGUCUCUCAGAUGCUUUCACAGUUAUUUGAGAUGGUUGUUGAAGCAGCCGAUGUAUCAGAUGAACAGAAGUCUAGAAUAUGCAAGAAAUUGGGCGAAGCUGAUAAGUGUCUUGUUGACGGUGGGGAUGAGUACUUGCAACUGCUCGAUGUGGCUAGCAACACAAUGCGUGCUCUUUGUAACAUGCCAGAAGAAUUCUCUUAUAGCAUUUAGGUGUUUGAGAUGCCAGAACCAGGUAACCAUUUAGUGAGAUGUUGUAGAAACAACUUAUUAAAUUGCCUGAAAACUUUUUAAUUGGUGAAAGAAUGCGUCAUCCCAAUCGGUUGCUGACAUAUACAACGCCUCAGUUAUGAUUUGUGCAAGUAUUCUGAGAUCCCCAGGGGUCAGAAACCAACCUAAUCUUGGUCUGCCAUCUAGAUGCUUCAAUCCUUGAGUCAUUAGAAAGCAGGUAAAAUCUAUGUUUAACCAUAAGCCCUUCUGAGACUGUGCUCCAAAAUACAUAACCAUUAUUAAUAGCAGUCUUUUAUCUUAUAACGGCCCUCUAAAGAAUCAAAUUCAACUCAAUCCUGUCCUUGAUUUGAGGUCCAUUUUCCUUCAUGACUUGAUAAGCAAAUUUUCAAUCCGCAUCAUAUAUGGCAUGCUCGAAAGUCAAAUAUAUAUGGUUGCAGCAUAAUUUUGGCAUGCCUUGCAAUAAUCAGUGGAAACCAACCAUGAUGUGCUCCCCGUUAUUGUUUAAACUCAUAUGGAGAAAUAGAAUUGGACUAAACCAAUUGAAAGCUACUUCCACGUUUACAUGAUGAGCCUAAUAAGCCUCGUUUAAACAGCGACCCUAAGAUUACGGGUACUAUCAUUGCUAGAUUUGAAUGGCAUCUACUUUUUCUUUUAUUUUUUCCUAUUUUUGUUUGAGCACAAAGUCAAGAAGCCAAAUUUGUUGUUGAAAUUUUAGGACAGCUACUUAGUUGAGUCACUCUUUUUGGAGCCAAAAACGUUUAUUAUAUAUUUAUAUAUAUAUACUGUGUGUUGCGCGCGCC